UUUGUUGUCCUUGCUUGGAAACCAUUCUAUGGGACCAACCUCACUGUUCAACAACACAUAGAGAAUUAUCAUACCACAUGCAUCUGGGCUUCUGCCAUUUUUUUAUUCUGAGAUUGUGUAUAAGUUAUGGCUGAAGAUCAAGUGUGUGAGGCAACCACAACCAUCCGAUUUGUUGACCUUUUUCCUAUGUUUUGGGCAGAGAGAGAUGUGAGUGGACUGCCGCGAGUGUUUGUGUACUAUGUUUCUACACAUUAGAUUCUCUCAUUCUUCAAUCAUCAAGCUCAUAGACAACCCUUGUGAAAAUUUACAGAGCACUGCAGACCUCAGUCAUUUAUAAAUGGAGGGUUAAUGGCCAUCUCUUUCCCCAAAGAAAGGUAGAUAGAUAUAGAAGGGAUCCAUCUCUCCAAGAUUAGCAUAUAAAGCUCUUUGUCUUGAUUUCACUCACAAAGAAGGAGAGUAAUUGUGGUAAUGGCUUCUACUAUCAGUCAAUGUACUAAGAAAGAAGCUAACAGAGGAGCAUGGACAGCUGAGGAAGACCACAAACUGGCUCAAGUGAUUGCAGUUCAUGGGGCAAAGAGGUGGAAAUGUGUGGCAAUGAAAGCAGGUUUGAAACGAUGUGGGAAGAGUUGCAGGUUGAGAUGGAUGAAUUAUCUAAGGCCUAAUAUCAAGAGAGGCAAUAUAUCAGACCAAGAACAGGACUUAAUACUAAGGCUUCAUAAACUCCUUGGAAAUAGGUGGUCUUUGAUUGCUGGAAGGUUACCGGGUCGAACAGACAAUGAGAUCAAGAACUACUGGAAUUCUCAUUUAAGCAAGAAGACAAAGCAGAAGGAGAAACAAAGCAGAAGUUCAACCACAGUGGAGUGCAGGCCUCAGAAAACAAAGGUGAUGGAGAUGGAGAGUGUAGACAAUGGAAGUGAAAGGGUAGCCUCAAAAGGAGAUGAAGACUCAAAAACCAGCUUUGUUGGGGAUGAGUCAUUUGAUUAUUCUAGUGAGGGCCCUUUGAAUUUGGAAUGGAUGAGUAAAUUCCUUGAAAUGGAUGAGGCUUGGCUUGAUUUUGCAUGAACUGAAACCAUCUCUGUUUUCUUCCUUUGAAACUAUUGCAGUUUAUGCAGUCUUCUUUUUUUUUUUUUUUGGCAUUUUAUGAUACUAUUGCCUAAGAUGGCUUUUGAUUAUCCAACUAAAACCCCACUUCAUGAAGUGAGUGAGAGGAAAAAAGCCAGGCUUUGGACUUGUAUAUAGGAAGAGAUGCCUCAAGAAUGUUGGGAAUUUUCCUUGGUAAGAUCCAAAAUGUCCUCUAGCUUGCCUAGAAUGUAGAAUGAAAUGACUAGCUGUAUGAGUGAAUUUUAAAUUUUUCCUUGCUUGGACCACCCC